AUGGAUAGCAAGGCUCAACAACAACAACAUGCUCCACAACAAGCCAUCAAAUAUCCUUGGUGGUACGGUGGUGUUGGUGGGAUGGUGGCUUGUGUGACGACGCAUCCCUUGGAUUUGGCAAAAGUGCGUCUACAGACGUCACAUAUUCAUCCAAGACCAAACUUGAUCUCGAUGAUUGGUAAAAUUGUGGCUCAUGAUGGAUUUCUCACCCUGUAUAAUGGUCUAAGUGCUGCUAUGCUUAGACAAUGUACCUAUACAACGUCCAGGUUUGGUUGUUAUGCUAUUAUUAAAGAAAAUUUAAUUCCUUCAAAACAUCAAACAAAUACAUCUUAUCUAUUGCCUGCUUCUAUGGUUUCUGGGGCCAUUGGUGGUCUUGUGGGGAAUCCUUCAGAUAUUGUUAAUAUUAGAAUGCAAAAUGAUAGAACCUUACCUCAGGAAUUAAGACGUGGGUAUAAGAAUUGUUUUGAAGGGUUAUUUAGAAUUGUUCGUGAUGAAGGCAUGAAAGCAUUAUUUAUUGGUUGGAAACCAAAUUUGAUUAGAGGUGUCUUGAUGACAUCUUCACAAGUGGUUACUUAUGAUGUAUUUAAGAACUAUUUAGUCAGUGGUCCAGCAAAAUUGAAUCCUAAAAAGAAAACCACUCAUUUCACAGCAUCUUUACUAGCAGGUCUAGUCGCUACCACAAUAUGUUCUCCAGCUGAUGUUAUGAAAACAAGAAUUAUGAAUGCUCAUAAAUCAGAAGGUGCUGAAAAGAGUGCUACAAGAAUUUUGUUGGAUGCUAUAAAGAAGGAAGGUCCAACUUUCAUGUUUAGAGGUUGGUUACCAAGCUUUGUUAGAUUAGGUCCUUUCACAAUUAUCAUUUUCUUGACUGUGGAACAAUUGAAGAAAUACCGUGUAGGCAUGUCUGAUAAAGUUUAA